AUGAUGGCCGAUACAACGGAUCAAGCUACGAUCGCCGCUGAGGCCCCAGCUGUGGAGGUUGUCGCAAACCUGGAGACCCAGCAAGGUGCGCCCGCGCCGGCCCAACAGGACACGCCAGCCACCGUAGGCGAAGAAUCUGAGGAGGACUCCAACUCCAAAAAGGUGACCCUGGCAGACUACUCUGCCAAAGGCACAGCGCUUUAUGCCAAGAAGCAGUACGAAGAUGCUGCCGAAUGCUUCACGAGGGCAGCCGAACUGCAGGACGAAAUCAACGGCGAGAUGCAUCCCAAGAACGCCGAGAUUCUGUUCCUCUACGGUCGCAGUGUCUUCAAGGUCGGCCAAAGCAAGAGCGAUGUACUGGGAGGCAAGGCCGGCACCGAUAAGAAGGCCGAGAAGCCCAAGGCCAAGGCUCCCAAGAAGGCCGCAGCCACGACCGCCCCGACCGAUGCGCUUGCCGAGUCCGAUGCGCAGAGAAUAACUGAGGAGGGUGUUGCGAUUGUCGCAGGCGAGGGGGGCAGUGCGAAGACGGAGGAUAAGGUCGAGGAGAAGAAGCCUCUCUUCCAGUUCACGGGCGACGAAAACUUCGACGAUGAGUCGGAUGACGAAGAGGCCGAGGGCGAAGGCGAAGGCGAAGGGGAAGAGGAAGAAGAGGACGACCUCGCUGUCGCGUUUGGUGUCCUCGACAUGGCCCGCGUUCUCUACAGCCGGCAGUUGGAGGAAUUGGAGAAGGAGGAGCCCAACGGCAAGGCCCUGGAGCAGACCAACGGUGAUAAGCUGAGCAUCAAGCACGUCAAGGAGCGGCUCGCCGACACACAUGAUCUCCUCGCCGAGAUCUCAUACCCCGACGCCAUCGAGGAUUCGCGCAAGUCGCUGAAAUACAAGAAAGAGCUGUACACCGACGAUUCCGAGAUCAUCGCCGAGGCGCAUUUCAAGCUGUCGCUGGCACUCGAAUUCGCCUCGGUCACAACCACUCAGGAGGAGGGUGAGCAGGCAGAGAACAAGCCCUUUGAUGAGAAGCUGCGCGAGGAGGCCGCGAACGAGCUCGAGGCUGCCAUCCGCAGCACGAAGCUGAAGCUGCAGAACAAGGAGGUUGAGCUCGCCACCAUGGCAUCUCCCGAGGACAACGAGGUCACCAGGGCUACUAUUACCGACGUCAAGGACAUGAUCGCAGAUAUGGAGCAGCGCCUCGUCGAUCUCCGCAAGCCGCCCAUCGAUGUCAAUGCUGCGCUCGGUGGCGAUGGCGUCGGUGGAAUUCUGGGCGCGGCACUCGGCGAGUCGGCCGCCCAGACCCAGGCUCGCGUUGAGGAAGCCAAAAAGACGGCGACGGAUCUCACCGGCCUUGUCAGGAAGAAGAACAAGGAGGAGCCCAAGCCCGUCGAGAAGUCGGUUGAAGAGGUGAAGGCGACUGAGAUUUCGGCCAACGGCGAAGAGUCCAACGGCACUAAGCGCAAGGCUGAGGAGCCUGCUGAGGAGGACGAAUCGGCCAAGAAGGCGAAGGUCGAAGAGGCGGCGACGGCCUCGGUCUGA